GGCGUGGGCUGUUGUUGAGGUUUUUUUUGGAGGGGCGGGCUUUUUUUUGGUUAUUUUUGAAGAGGUCGGGUUGAGGGAGGGGUCUGGUGGUGGGGCUGGGGCGGAGGCUUUCUUCAGGGAGCGUUUUGUUGAGGUUUCCUUUAAGAGGGUGUCCUGUUGGUGGGUUGGGAAUUAGAAAUGGAGUUUUAACAUGGAGGUGACACUCAACGAUAUGGGUGGGAGGUGGCCCGGGGAUAGCCUGCAUCCGGAAACAUGGAGGGAGGACUUACCACCGCUUUGCGUAGUUUCUGCGACAUGUUGAGUGUUUGCUUGUGUUUGGGGGCGGUAGCGAGAAGGGGAGGGCUUUCCGGAAGGGGCGACGGGAGAAAAGGGAGCGCGGCCUCUCGUAAGCAGCAUUCGCAUCACACUCCGACCCCCCUCGUUGUCCUGCUGUACUUGCAAGCCCAACCGGGACAGUCGGGCUCCCCAACCUACAACGGGCGAUUGGGGGAACUACGGGGCGAUUCCGAUGGGGAGAGCAGUUAUGAUCUUCCGGCUCGACGAGCGGCAUCCCCAGCGCGACAAGCGGCACCGGUAACCCAACCUACUCCACAAACUAAAGAUGUGAACAGAAAACCGCGCCUAGGAGCCAGAUUCCUACCAUACGACGAAAUUAUAGAGAAGCCCACAGCCACCAUCCGUGGCUUGCCAUCAGCCUCAAAGAAGAUAUCGAACGGUUCCUCUUGUUUGAGGCCUUCAUGAAGGAGUCGAAGAGGCAACAGCAUCGGCGCCACCCGUAUCACCAUCAUCCACAGCAACUCCCCUGCUCUGUCUUCCGACUCUUAUUACAUAGCGACAGACGCUAUAUGCGUUGAUAUGGACAUUUUGAUCGGAUGGGAGCACUGGGGGAGGGGGACGAUGCGGGGACCGU